AGCGGACCGCGUCCUCAUGGCUUGUGGCCGGUUGCGGCAGCCCCUCAGCGGAGGGCGAAGCCGUCUCCACAAACGCUGCCCUGCGUCUGAAGAACCCAGCCGGACGCAGCUAACGCAGUUGCACCUAGAAUUCAUUUUUAACUUUUUAUUGUCCACAGAAAACACUGAAAAAUGUACAUACAAGUAUAUAGCUGGCAGGACAGGAAAGAAAGCCGAAACAAAAAGAAAAGAAAAAGGUCCACAAGGAUAACUUUUGGAGCCAAGAUUGUGCGUUUCUAACACAGUCGCAGGUGGUGCUGGUAUUGCUGCUCUGAGGACCACAUGUUUAGUAGCGAGGUCCUAGGCCUGUGACUUUACAGACACGAGGAAAAUAAGGCAGAGGCUGAAGCCAAAUAGGAUGAGUGACCAGGUUGGUGAACCCAUGUCCGAGUCCCCUGUGGAUGGAAGAGUUACAGAAAAGUUAUCGCUGACACUUGUUAACGGCAGAGCUCGGGAGCUGGACAGGGACCAGACCACCACCAGCACGUCGGAGCAUGUCCUCCACGAGACCAUGGCGCUUCAGACAGUUACCCACCUUCUCAUCUUCUGCCUCAGUCUCUCACUGCUCAUCUCCAUAAAAAAUUCCUUGUGCAAUAAAAAUGACACCAAGUGCCUCUCAGAUUCUUGCCAAAACAAUUCUACAUGCAAGAAUUUUUCAAAAGACGGCAGUUGCCAUUGUUCAGGCACAGCCAUUAAUUUGGACAAAGACUGUGACCAUGAGGAAGACGCUUGCUUCUCCAGUCCCUGUCCAGGAAAUGCCACUUGUGUGAGCGUCCCAGGAGAGAGGAGGUUUCUGUGCAGAUGUCCUCCUGGGUACAGUGGGACCACCUGUGACACGACCAUUGCUCCCUGUGGCACCAACUCCUGCCAACACGGAGGCUUUUGCCAUCAGGACCCUGUGCACCCUGUGUGCAUCUGCCCUGCUGGAUAUGCCGGAAGAUUCUGUGAGCUGGAGCACGAUGAGUGUGCGUCCAGCCCCUGCCACAACGGUGCUGUAUGCCAGGACGGAAUCAAUGGCUACUCCUGCUUCUGUGUCCCAGGCUAUCAAGGCAGGCACUGCGACUUGGAAGUGGACGAGUGUGUGUCAGACCCCUGCAAGAACGAGGCCACGUGCCUCAACGAGAUAGGACGGUACACUUGCAUCUGUCCCCACGAUUACUCCGGUGUAAACUGUGAAUUGGAAGUUGAUGAAUGUCGGUCCCAGCCCUGCCUCAGUGGUGCAACCUGUCAGGAUGCUGUGGAGGCCCAUUUCUGUGACUGUGCCCCUGGCUUCCUGGGUGCUGGCUGUGAGCUCAGCACUGAUGAGUGUGCCAGUGGGCCGUGUCUCCAUGGAGGGCUGUGCGUGGAUGGAGCCAACAGGUACAGCUGUAACUGCAUGGGUAGUGGAUUCACAGGGACACAUUGUGAGACCUUGAUGCCUCCAUGUUGGUCAAAACCCUGUCACAAUAAUGCUACAUGUGAGGACAGUGCUGACAAUUACACUUGUCACUGCUGGCCUGGAUACACGGGGGCCCAGUGUGAGACCGACAUCGAUGAAUGCAGUAGUAGCCCCUGCCAGUCUGAUGGGGAAUGCGUGGAGCUGUCUUCAGGGGAAGGGCAUGGGCGUCUUGCCCAGCUGCUGUCUCUAUCCGGCCACCCUGAAGCCUCAGGUUACAUCUGCAUCUGUCCACCUGGACUCACAGGGGUCCACUGUGAAGAGGACGUCGAUGAGUGCUCUUCAAGCCCUUGCCAAAACGGUGGUACCUGUGAGAACUUGCCUGGGACUUACACUUGCCGUUGCCCAUUUGAUAACCAUUCUGGAGCAUUUUAUGGAGGAAGGAACUGUUCUGAUUUGCUCCUCAGCUGUACUGAUCACCCAUGUCUAAAUAAUGGAACAUGCGUCCCUCACCUCCGCAAUGGCCAGCAUGGAUUCGGCUGCCUGUGUCCCUCUGGCUAUACUGGGUCACGGUGUGAAACGGUCACCACACUUUCUUUUGAGGGUGAUGGCUUCCUGUGGGUCCCAAGUGGCUCAGUGACAGCCAAGGACUCCGGUUGUACAAUAGCCCUCAGGUUUCAGACUGUCCAGCCAGUGGCACUUCUACUCUUCCGAGGUGACAGGGACGUGUUUGUGGUACUGGAGCUGCUCAGUGGCUACGUCCACUUAUCAGUUCAAGUCAGGGAUCAGCCAAAGGUGGUCCUGUUCAUCUCCCACAGCACCAGCGAUGGGGAGUGGCAUGCAGUGGAGGUGACAUUUGCAGAGGCUGUGACCCUUGCCUUACUUGACGAGUCUUGCCUGGGAACAUGCAUCACGAGAGCUCCUUCUCCAUUUGGAAGCGAUGGGUCAACAUGUGCUUUACAAAACUCCUUUUUGGGGGGUUUACCAGAGGGAACAGCCCACAGUGGUGUUGCUCUGCUUAACGUCUAUAAUAGACCAUCCAUACCUUCGCUUGUGGGCUGCCUCCAAGAUGUUCAACUUGACUCGAAUCCCAUCACCCUGGAGAACAUCUCGUCCGGCUGGUCAUUAAAUGUCAAGGCAGGCUGCACGAGAAAGGACUGGUGUGAGAGCCAACCCUGUCACAACAGAGGACGCUGCCUCAACUUGUGGCUUAGUUACCAGUGUGAUUGCUACCGGCCCUACCGAGGCCGGAGCUGUCACAGAGCGUAUGUGGCAGGCAGAUUUGGCCAAGAUGACUCCACUGGAUAUGCGGCUUUCCAUCUUGACAAGAGCUACGGAGAGGCCUUCACGCUCUCCAUGUUUGUUCGAACACAUCGUCCAUCGGGCUUGCUCCUAGCUCUGGAAAAUGACACUUGCCAAUACAUCCGUGUUUGGCUAGAGCAUGGCAGACUAGCAAUGCUAACUCCAGGUUCUCCCAAAUCAUUAGUAAAAUUUGUUCUCAGCGAUGGAAAUGUCCACUUGAUAUCUUUGAAAAUCAAGCCAAAUAGAAUCGAACUGUAUCAGUCGUCACAAAACCUAGGAUUUAUUUCUGCUCCUACGUGGAGACUCCAAAGAGGAGAUGUCCUCUACAUUGGUGGACUGCCUGACAGGCAGGAGACUGAAGUUAAUGGUGGAUUCUUCAAAGGCUGUAUUCAAGAUAUAAGGUUAAACAACGAAAAUCUGGAAUUCUUUCCAAAUUCAACGAGCAACGCAGCCCAAGAUGCAGUUCUUGUCAAUGUGACCCAAGGCUGUCCCGGAGACAACCUGUGUGAGCCCAACCCCUGUCACAACGGAGGCAUCUGCUACUCCCUGUGGGACGACUUCUCCUGCUCCUGCCCUGCAAACACAGCCGGGAAAGCUUGCCAGGAGGUUCGCUGGUGUGAACUCAGCCCGUGCCCUCCCCGGGCCCAAUGCCAGGGGCUGCCUCGAGGAUUUGAAUGUAUCGCAAAUGCUGUUUUUAAUGGACAAAGCAGUGAGAUAUUAUUCAGGAGCAAUGGGAAUAUUACCAGAGAACUCACCAAUAUCACAUUUGGUUUCAGAACAAGGGACGCAAAUGCGAUCAUAUUGCACGCAGAGAAGGAGCCUGAAUUCCUUAAUAUUAGCAUUCGGGAUUCCCAGUUAUUAUUUCAGCUGCAAAGUGGCAACAGUUUUUACAUGCUGAGUCUGACAAGUCUGCAGUCAGUGAAUGAUGGUGCGUGGCACCAAGUGACUCUCUCCAUGACAGAUCCACGGGCCCAGGCUUCCAGGUGGCAAAUGGAAGUGGACCAGCAAACACCUCUUGUGACCAGCGCAGUGGCUACUGGGAGUCUCAGCUUCCUGAAGGAUGAUAUAAACAUUUAUGUGGGUGAGCGAGCUAGUGACAACACGCAGGGCCUGCGAGGGUGUCUAAGUACAAUAGAAAUCAGUGGCAUUUAUCUCUCUUACUUUGAAAAUGUUCAUGGUUUCAUUAAUAAACCUCAGGAGGAGCAGUUUCUCAAAAUCUCUAUACAUCCAGUGGUUACUGGCUGUUUGCAGUUAAACGCCUGCAAUUCCAACCCCUGCUUGCAUGGAGGACAUUGUGAAGACACGUACAGUUCUCAUCACUGCACCUGUCCCGUGGGAUGGUCAGGGGCACACUGUGAACUCGACAUUGAUGAAUGCCUUUCAAACCCCUGUAUCCAUGGCAACUGCUCCGACAGAGUUGCCGGCUAUCGCUGCAGGUGUGAGCCUGGCUACACCGGUGUGAACUGUGAAUCAGAUGUAGACAAUUGCCAGAGUCACCUGUGUGCAAACGGGGCCACCUGCGUCAGUGACACCAGUGGCUAUUCUUGCCGCUGUCCUGGAAAUUUCACAGGAAAAUUCUGCAGAUACACCAGAUUACCCUCAGCGGUCUGUGGGAAUGAGAAGACCAACCUCACGUGCUAUAACGGCGGCAACUGCACAGAGUUCCAGGGUGAAGUAAAAUGUGUGUGCUGGCCAGGUUUCACUGGGGAAUGGUGUGAAAAGGACAUUGAUGAGUGUGCCUCCGAUCCGUGCCUCAAUGGAGGCCAAUGCCACGACUUGCUGAACAAGUUCCAGUGCGUCUGUGAUUUGGCCUUCGCCGGCGCGCGCUGUGAGCUGGACUUGGCAGACGACUUGCUCUCAGACGUCUUCGCCGCCAUCGGUUCAGUGACUUUAGCCUUGUUGUUGAUCCUCUUCCUGGCAGUGGUGGCCUCCGUCGUUGCCUCCAACAAGAGGGCAACUCAGGGGUCCUACAGCCCGAGCCGUCAGGAAAAGGAUGGCUCUCGCGUGGAGAUGUGGAGCAUGACGGCUCCCCCUGCAAUGGAAAGGCUGAUUUAGGACCAUCCUGUCUCUAGAGGAAGAGAUCCACACGCUGCGAAUGGGACACUUGUACCUGAGUGUUUUUCUGACAAACCUGGAGACAUCAGGUUACAACUGGGACCACACUGAAACCGUGGGAAGGACUCCUUUGACCACUGUAUGGAUGUUCAUAGUGGUUCAACUUGACACCAUUGUUUUAUUGUAUUAUGUUAGCCAAUCACGGAACAGUGUUUCUUGUGCCAAUAAUUUCAGCCUCAUAAUUAGGAAAAAUACCUUCCUGAGGAUGCGACUUCUGGGAAAAGCUCCAGUGCCUGACAUUUACACUCUGUACUCUUUGCAACUUGGGGACACGUUUUUAGUUUGCCCAUCAGCUGGCAACUGCAUUUUUUUCACACAGAAACUACAGAAAAAAAAAAAAUAGACACAU